AUGAAUCGCGAGGCAGUGGCGGUUCCUUUAUCUGCAGUGCCGACGUCGUUGGUGUCGCCACCCCUCCCCAUGCCACCGCCUCUGUUGCCGGCAACGGUUUUGUCGUCAGUCCCUCCGACAAAUGCGCCGCCGCAGCCGGUAACGCCACCGCCUUUCUUGGCUUUGGAGCCGCACACGACACGCCAGGAGGCAGACAAGCCGGCGCUCCCAGUACUGUUGCCUGUAGAAUCCCCACCCCGGGCGGGUAUAAAGGACAUGAGCGCGGUCUCGCCACCGGGGCAAAAGGAUGUCGUGGAGGAGAAAAGUACGGUCGCGGAACAACCUGCAUUCACGGUGUAUCCUCCAUCCUGUGACAAACCUCAGACGAAGCACGUUUCUUUAUUUGGCAAAGUUCGAUUUCCUAGCGUUUUUGCCGCCCCCGUUUGCGUGCCUGCCACAGAAAUUCUCUCCGCUCUGCCUCAGCAGUUGCCUCCUCCGUACGUUGUGUUUGGUGGAGCGCGGUAUGAUCAAAUGCCCUUUACAAAAAAGGCGCAGCGAUAUGUUGACCCGAGCAGAAGUUGUCAGCGUGCUACUGCAAUGAAGCGAGCCAGUUUAGAUUACAUGAAAGGACAACUGAAGCUUGCCAGGGAGUACUUGGAUUUAGGAACGUCUCCUGUGCCUCCUGAUGCGCCCAAAGGAGGGCAACCGUUGCCAAAUGGCGUCAUCAAACCGGCAACCACUUUAUCGUUCGAAGAUGGAGCUUUUUCCCAAAAGAACAUUUGGACAGUGGCCUACACGGGAUCCGCGAAGGAGCUCCACGGUUUCAUCGAAUCCCUCGAUGUGGAUGCCCUCAACGCCAAUGGGUUUGUGCUAUACAAUCGGCGCCAAUAUGGCAUUAAAAAGCUUGGUGAAAAGUUUGUUUUGGGUCUUGGCCAGAAGGCUAGCCCUUUGCAAUUUGCUGCUGUUGCAGGCCAUCUUGACAAUGUUGUUCUGCUACUUCAUUACGGGGCAAUGGACAACUCAACCCCACGAUUGAAAGAUAUUGUUGGUGCCGAUGUUAUGAAAAUGAUUCGGGGGUUAAGAGCAGGGCUCCGCUGUAGGCGAGCUGCUCCGAGCAGUAAGGUCAAAGUGGAAGAUGAUGUUCUUGUGACGAAUGCCCCUUUACCAUUGACAGCGGAGGAAGUUGUCCCUCCUAUGGGCAUGGAUUCAAACUUCUCAAUUGGAAUUUCAUUGCGAUAG